AUGGCUGAGUCUAACCCGCUACGGGGCUUCCCCCGUCUGCGCCGGGCCGCGACCUCAUUUCCAGGCAAUCUGCAUUUGGUCUUGGUGCUCCGCCCCACCAGCCUGUUAAGCUCUGCCCCCAGUCCGUCUUCAAGCACUGACCUGGGAUUUCGCUUCAGCCAAGAUGACUUCCUAUUAAAGAUGCCGGUGGUGAUGCUGCGUUCAGUUGGUGACCUUCUGCGCUACAUUGAUGAAAACCACCUGACAUCAGACUUCACUGCAAAAGUGGAGUAUUGCCAUAGUGACUGGAUCGUCCUGCGCACGUCCAUCGAGACCUUUGCAGUGACAGUGAAGGAGAUUGCCCAGCUGCUGCAGGGCUUUGGAUCAGAGCUAUCUGAGACUGAACUUCCAGAUGAAGCUAACGCCAUCGAGUUCCUGCUGCACUCACACACACACCGAUACCGACAGAUGAAGGACGACAUCCGGAGUGUGAUGAAAGAAGGACGCCUGCUGCUGUCCAACCUGGAAACUGUCAAGGCCUCUAAGAGAGAUGCAGAGGAGGAGAGGGAAAUACAGGCAGAUAUGGACACUGUUCAGAGGCUCCUGGCUCAGCUCAGAGACAUGGAGGAGGCGUUCGAUGGCUUCUUUGAGAAACAUCACCUGAAGCUGCAGCAGUACCUCCAGCUGCUGAACUAUGAAAUGAGUUUCCAGCAGAUGGACGAGGUGCUGGAGCGGCUCUCUGCCCAGGAGAAGGAGAUUGCCUCUGUGGGAACCACGUUGGUUCAAACAGAGCAACUACUGAAAGACCUGGAGACGCUGGACAAACAUGCUCAGGAGGAGAUGGCUCGUGCCCAGGUGGUGAUCCUGCACGGUCAUCAGUUGGCCGCCAACCACCACUACGCCCUGGCGCUCAUCAUCCAGCGCUGCAAUGAGCUGCGACAUCACUGUGACAUCAUCACCACUGCCAUUCGCACCAAGCGGGCCUCGCUCAUUCGAGCGCGAGACUUGUUGCACCGUCUUGAAGAGGCGCUUCGCUGGUGUGAUGAGGGAGCCUAUCUGCUGGCAAGUCAGAUGGUGGAUAAGUUCCAAACCAGAGAAGGAGCUCAAGAAGCGCUGCAGUACCUGAGCUGUCACCAGGAGAGGGCGCCGUCUGCACUGAAAAACAGCCGGGACACUCUGAGCUUGGAGUUUGAAGCCAUACUCACCCCACAGCUUCAGUCCCAAAUUUCCAUGGUAACAGAUAAGCUGAACUCAGUGCAGUCCAUGAUCAGAAACAGAGAGCAGUGUCUGAGGAAGCUGGCGGAUGUGCAGGUCAGACCCAUCCAGCCGGUGGCCCCAAGGCCCGAACCUGACCAGACAUUGCAACGCUGCAAGUCCCCCCUCUUCUCCCCCAAACAUGGUGUAGACUUAAACAUCCUGAACUCCAAGUUUUCCUUUGACCUUCUUCCUGGUAAGAGAGCUGUGAGAAGGAACAACAGCCAACGCAAGAUCGAGGUGAUGCAUGAUUACCAAGGCAACCGCAGCUGUCUGUAUGGACCCAGUUCUGAAACAGAUUCAGAGGUGGAAGACAAUCCAGAGCAGGUCGCACGCCAUAUUAUGAAGGAGCUGAUAGCUACAGAGAGGAUCUAUGUGGACGAACUGCUCUCUGUCCUUCUGGGCUACAGGGCAGAAAUGGAGGACCCAUCCAUGUCUUAUCUUCUUCCCUCAGCUCUGCGCAGCCAGAAGGACGUUCUGUUCGGCAACAUGCCAGAGAUUUACCAGUUCCACAGCAGGAUUUUCCUUCAGGAUCUGCAGAGUUGCCUAGAAACGCCAGAGAGGGUGGGGGCUUGCUUCCUACAGCGGAAAGAGAAGUUCCAGGUGUACGAGCGAUACUGCCAAAACAAGCCUCGCUCUGAGUUGCUAUGGAGACAGUGCUCUGAUUCGCCCUUCUUUCAGGAAUGCCAGAAGAAGCUGGACCACAAGCUGGGUCUGGACUCUUACCUCCUGAAACCAGUCCAACGCCUCACCAAGUACCAGCUGCUUCUCAAGGAGCUGCUGAAGCACUGCACGGAGGAGCGAUACCGCUGUGAGCUCCAGGAGGCUCUGGACUCCAUGCUGGAGCUGCUGAAGUCUGUCAACGACUCCAUGCAUCAGACAGCCAUCACAGGAUAUCAGGGUGACCUCAGCCAGCUGGGCCGUGUUGUGUUACAGGGGGGCUUCAGUGUGUGGAUCAGCCAUAAGAGGGCAGCGGUGCGAAUGAAAGAGCUGGCCAGAUUCAAACCCAUGCAGAGACAUCUCUUCCUCUAUGACCACGCCCUGCUCUUCUGCAAGCGCAGAGACGAAGACAACCACGACAGGACGCCCUUCUACAGCUUCAAAUCCUGCCUCAGAAUGAGUGCAGUGGGAAUCACAGAAACUGUGAAAGGAGAUGUGAAGAAAUUUGAGAUCUGGUACAGUGGCAGAGAAGUCGUGUACAUAGUUCAGGCUCCCACAGUGGAGGUCAAAGUUGCCUGGCUGGCGGAGAUUCGAAAAAUUCUCACCAACCAGCAGAAACUGUGUCAAGAGGAGGCUCAUCCUGUACCACUUUCAGACAACCCCAUCUCUGACAGCUCCUCGGCAACAAGCCACUCCCACAUGUUCCAGAGGGAGGAGUCAAUACAUACUAGUCCCGCCCACUCAGACCCUGUGGUUCAGUCACCUCGACGCAGUUGGCCUGUCCCCGCCCACUCAGUGGCAAUCUGUGAAGGACUGGAGGACUGGGGUGCUACAGACCUCUCCAACCUAUCAGACUCAGAGGAGGAGGAUCAGCCUUCGCCACUGGUGGCAGGCAGGUACAGGGUCAUGGUAGAGAGCAGCAUGGCCAGCACUGAUGACAUCAUUUUUAACUGUGGUGAUGUCAUCGAGCUGCUCCACGAGGACUCUUCAGGAAUGUGGAUGGUGAGGAAUGUAAGUCGUGGUGAAGAGGGGCGUGUUCUGCCCGAAGACCUGCACAGGAUCUUGGGAGAGACAUGCUGA